AUGACCAUCAUAGAGACUCGACUUUCUGCCCCCUCAUUCUCUCUAAUUGAGCCAAAUCCUCCUGUAGUAGAGGCCCUGUCCAUCACCUGCAAGGACGCACCGACAUGGACCAGGGGUAGGAUGAGGUUCCCCGGCUCACACACACAUACACAUACACACACACACUUUUGUCUUGAUGGCUUCAUUGUCGCAUAG